UCUAAAAAAUAUUAGCCUUCACACAAGCGAUCUCCUUGACAACAGUCCGCCAUUUUUUGUAAUCAUAACAUUUUCACGUUGUGCAUCGAGCAGUGAGUGAAUAACUGCAAAAAUGUCGGACACCGAAGAACAGAUGGGAGAAGAGGAGGAAGCAGUACGUGAAGGUGGUGAUGAAGAAGAACAGUUAGGCGAGGAAGAAGAGAAAUUAGGGGAAGAAGAGGAAAAACAAGAAGAAGAGGAGGAAGAGAAAGUUCCUGAAAAUCCACUGACAGAGGAAACAGUUGGGGAGUGUUUGUCUUUAUUGUGUAAGACAGGUGAUGGUCUAGCACACGCCUAUGUCAGAUUAGACAUACAUGAUAGAGAAAUCACAGAUAUCAGCAUACUAAAAGGUUUUAUACACCUUCGAUACAUAGACUUGAGUGGAAAUAAAUUGAAGGAUAUCAGCUCUUUAAGUGUAUUAACUCAUUUAUUGACAUUGAAAGCAGACAAUAAUUUACUCACAACAGCAAAAUUAGAAGAAAUGCCUUUCUUACAAAUUGCAAGCUUCAACAAAAAUAAAAUUAAAACUCUGGAUGGAGUAAAUCAUCCCAUGUUGGAGCAUCUUAGUCUGAAUGAUAAUGAGAUCACUCAAGUAUCAGGAUUAGAUCCAAUCAAGCUUUCUCGUCUUCACACACUGGAGCUAAGAGGAAACAAGCUGGAAACCACAGAUGGUGUUUAUCUUCCCAACUUAAAGAAUUUAUUCCUGGCGGCAAAUACAAUCAAGAAAGUGGAAGGAUUAAACCGACUUCAGAGCCUGACCACUCUUCAUCUGCGAGACAACCAGUUAGAAUCUUUGGAUGGAUUUGUGGAGGAUCUGAAAAUGUUACAGUACAUCAAUUUCAGAGGAAACAAUAUAACUUCUUUGAAGGAAUUACAGAAACUCCAAGCUCUACCAAUGUUGAGAGCCCUGGUAUUAUCAGAGAACCCUGCUGCUGAGGAGGAGGACUAUAGGCUGGAGGUGCUGAUCACACUGAGGAAGCUAGAGAGGCUGGACAAGGAGGAGUAUAAUGAUGAGGAGCGUGAGGAGGCUGAACAGAUUUACGAACAGCGAAGGCAGGAGGAGCUGGCAGCUGAGAACACAGCUGAAGGAGAGCAAGAAUGAAGAGGGAUCAGAAGAAGAUGAUUAAUGAUCAUGGAGUCCGUGAAAAAAAGAAAACAUUCUGAAAAAAAAAAAAACUGACAACUGAUUCGUUCCUUCAAAGUGUUUUGGGAGAAUCGAUUGGAAGAUUACAAAUAUUCUGUGAUACUAUUUCUUACUAUUAUCUAAUUUUUGGUAAUAAAUUAUGUAUUAUUUUAUGUAAAUACAACUUGACAUUUAUGAGAGAAGUAAAUUAUUUUACUUUUA